CAAAACCCCCAAACCCCUUCCCGGCGGCGUCAGACCACCGCGGCCAUGAAGCGGAAGCAGAGAGCCUCGGCGGCUGCCGCCACCGCCGACCCCGACUCCGACGCCGAGGAGCCCUCCCAGACCCAGCUCCCCCUCGAUUCCUUCUCGGGCGACGCCUGCGCCGCCCUCACCGCGCGCUACGGCCGCUCGGCCGCCCCGCAGCACCGCCACCUCCUCGCCUCAGCCGCCGCUAUCCGCUCCAUCCUCCUCGACGACGGCCUGCCCCUUACCCCGGCGUCCUACCUCCCCGCGGCCGUCUCCGCCCUUCGCGCCGCCGGGCCCGCAGACCCCGCAGCCGCCGCCGCCCUCGCCUCUCUGCUUGCAAUCCUCCUGCCCCACAUCCCAUCCUCCCCUUCAUCCCUCCCGCCGGACGCCGCCUCCGAAUCUGCCUCCGCACUCGCCGCCUUCCUCUCGCCCCCCGACGCCUCCCGGCUCCCGACAGGCACCGUGCGCUCGGUGGUCAAGUCGCUCGGACACUUGACCCUCCAUCUCGAUGCUGCUGCCGAUUGGGAUGCUGUGGCGGCGCCUCUGGAAGCUCUCCUUGCGGCUUCUGUGGACCAGCGGGCCAAGGUCCGAAAAUGUGCGCAGGAGAGCGUCGAAAAACUGUUUGCCUACUUGGAACAGUGUGGUUGUGCGAAGAAAGCUAGCGAUGCUGCAAUUGGCAUGUUUGAGAAGCACAUUUCUUUGGCGCGAAGUCUUAUCAAUUCGAAUUCAGAUAUUUCUGAGGGUAAAGAGACAGAUGCAGCUCAUAUGCUAGGUGCAAUGGUAACUUUAGUUCCAUAUCUAUCCAAGAAGGCAAGGAAGAAGGUGUUCUCAGAUGCUUAUCAGUUAUUGAGCCCUUGUUUUACCCCACUUACAAGGCACAUUCUUAGGCUUUUGGCAACCUUGGUGGAUCAUCUGAAUGCUGAAAGUGUUGAAUCUGAGGUGGAGAGUCUUGUACCCUUGGUGGUUGCUUACCUGCCAUACGAUGAGAAGAAGCCUGAUGAUACCAUUGUCUCAGCAUUGCACCUAAUGAAAAGUUGCUUGGAUAAACUUGUUGGCUGCUCAAAAUUGUGGGUGGAGGUUCUUCCAACUGCCUUUGAGGCAGUUUCAGGAUACUUAGUGCUGGGCAGAAAAUGUUCUGACGAUAUAGCAAAAGUGGUGCAAGACUGUAUUGAUUCUCAUAUUGACCAUAAUGUUUUUGUCACUAAUGGAUCACAGCUAAGUAAAUGUGACGUUGAGGGUUUGAGCGAUCAAGCUGCCAUGAAAUCAAUCUGUUUAACAAUCAAUAGCAGGCUUCACACGUGUGCUUGUCCUCCGGAUAGUAUAUUAACCGUAAUCUUGGUUUUAUUUCUCAAACUUGGGGAGUGUUCUUUUGUCUUUAUGAAAGAUAUCCUACUUACCCUGGCACGGUUUGCUAUGAAAAUGGACAAAGAAUCACAACUAAAGAAUGUUGAAGAAUGCAUUGGAGCAGCAGUGAUUGCUAUGGGACCAGAUAAAGUCCUUUCCUUAAUCCCGAUAGCUUUUGAUGAAGACCGGUUGACAUGCUCAAAUACUUGGCUUCUACCUAUUUUGGAUAAGUAUACAUAUGGAGCCCCGCUGCAACUUUUUCUAGAGCGUAUUGUGCCACUAGCAAAAUCUGUACAAAAUGCAUCUGACAGGGUCAAGAAAGGACGGAAACGUAAAGAUUUGCAAUCUUGGACUAAUCAACUAUGGAAGUUGCUUCCUUCCUUCUGCCGCUAUCCAGUUGAUGUACAUCAUAGUUUUGGUUCCCUGUCCAAGUUGCUGGUAGAAAUUUUGAAGUGUGAUGAGUGUCUGUACAAAUCUGCUGUUGAAGCCUUGCAGCAACUUGUAGAUGGAACCAGAAAAUUAAGUAGCAAUGAUCAAGAUGUUGAAAUAUAUAUGGAACUUUCAGCCUUGUUCUCCUCAAAACCUAUUACUUUCAGAUGUGCACGUUUAGAGAGGUGCUCCAAAAAAGAAGCCCGCAAGAAUUUGAAAGUUCUAGCAUCACAUUCUGCCGAUCUUCUCUGCACUUUUGCAGACUAUUUCCUUGACUCCUCACCAGAAAAGCGUGCUCAUUUGAAGGUCGCUUUCAGAUGCCUGGCUCAACUUUCUGGUAGCACGAACGUAUGUGAACUUUUUGUUUCACUAGUCAAAAGGUUUGAUUUAGAAGAUACUCAAUUGGAGUCAGACAGUCAAGAAUGCAAAACUGAUGAACCAGAUAGAAAGGAUGAAGAAAGUACUGAUACAGCAGAGGAGCUAAACAAUAGGAGGUCUCUUCUGUUAGAACUUAUAUCCACAUUCGCUGAAGUUGCUGAUGAAGAUCUUCUGGAUAAACUCUUUGGAUUUAUCAAGUCUUGUUUGCUGAACACCAGCAUGUCUUGUCACAGCAAAGCUCUCUUAGCAUUAAGCAUGAUUGUGAAGGAACAUAAUGAAUAUUCUUUAGUACAUUUGGAUGAAAUAAUGCUAUUACUUCAUGGAAUGAAACCAGCUUUGGAUAACACAGUUUUAGAAAGCCAACUAUUAUGCUACCAGCAUUUGUUGGUUCACAUGAUUAAGGUCAAUGAAGAGAACACCAGCAAGAAGGCAUUCUUGAUUCUAAAUGAGCUAAUAGUUGCACUAAAGUCUAAGAAGGAGAGUAGAAAAUUAGCAUAUGAUGUGCUCCUGGCAGUUAGUGCAAACUUGAGAAGCUCAGGGUCAAAUAGUGCAGAUUCAGAUCUUCAACGAUUGUUUACAAUGAUAAUGGGAUAUCUUUCAACUCCAUCUCCUCACAUAGUGAGUGGAGCAAUUGCUGCACUGUCAUUGCUUAUAUACAGUGAUGCUAAUUUUUGCAUGGAAGUUCCAAAUCUGAUACAAUCAGUUUUAGUGUUGCUGCAACAUAAAGCCAUUGAAGUAACUAAAGCAGCCUUGGGUUUUGUUAAGGUAUUGGUAACCUCUUUGCAACCAGAAAAACUACUGAAUUUGCGAGCAGAUAUCAUGAAGGGGAUACUAGAAUGGUCAUCAGUUACAAAGCACCAUUUCAAAGCAAAGGUUGUACUAAUAUUAGAAAUAUUGAUCAGGAAAUGCGGGUUUGAUGCUAUCAACUUAGUUACACCUGAUAAGUACAAAAAAUUCGUUAACAGUGUCGAGGAGGGCCGCAAUGGGAAUCAUAGUCUAGCUGAUGGUGCGGAGUCUGAGUCUAAAGAACACAAACAAAAUGAUGCCAAAAGGAGAAAACGUAUUGAUUCCAAUGAUGAAACUGGACAAGAAGGAACACCUAGUCGUCGACCACCGUCAAAGAGUUGGUCAGCUGGGAAGCAGGCAAAGGAUUUUCAUUUCAAGAAAGGGGCAGGGAGAGGUAACCCUCAUGCUGCAAAAAGCCAUAAAAGUAAAGCUUCAGGUGACAAAGGCAACAGGACUAAUUUCAAGUCGAAGUCCAAAUGGCAACCAGGAAACAGUCAAGGAAGCAGAGGUGAUAAAUUGCCUGGCAGUAACAAAAAAACUAGGGUGGGUGCCUUCAGCAAGACGCAAAAUAGUGGGAGUAGAGCACCUGGGCACUCUCCUAGUUUCAAGAAGCGUAAAAGGACAGCAACGUGGAUGCCGCCAAGAGAGAAAAAUUGCUGCAAGCAAGGCUCCGUGCGUGCGGGGCUCCACCGCCAAGACCUGCACGGCAUGGACCUUUACGAGAUCAAGGUGAUCGAAUUCCUGGAGCACGGCGGCGCAUCCGCGCAGCUGCUGGAGUUCCGCUGCCUCGGCGCUCAAGCCGCCGCGCCCCCGGAAGAGGAUGAGGCAGCUAUCGAGAUUCUACCCGCCACCGGCCUCCCGGAAGCCGCCGCGUUCGAGAGCUGGCACUUCGGGCCCCGCCUGGUGGUCGCCGGCGAGCGGCUGCUGCUCAUGACGGACCCGGCUCACCGCGGCGCGGCGGGCCAGCCGGCGAAGGUGCAGAAGGUGAGCGUGCACGCGCUCCAAGAGAUGCCGGACGGGACGAUGAGGUGGGGAGGAGGUGGACAACCUCGGCGGGUACAGCGUGUUCGUGGUCUGCGCCGGGAAGACCGCCGACGCGGCAGGCUGCGGCGACACGUCGCCGGCAACUGCAUCUACUUCGCGGAGAUGACGUUCUACCGUGGAGAUUGUCAGCGCUACUGGAGGUCGCUCUCGCCGUGGUGGAAGUGGGAGCAUUUCACCGCCGGCGAAAAUAAGGAGGUGACCAUCUCCCCGACGACGCGUCUUGAGGGUUGUUGUCGCGUUGCCUCCCUGUCUCUGGUUCCGGCGGCCAUGGCGGUGGCGGCUCCCGGGCAGCUCAACCUCGACGAGGCCCCGUCAUGGGGCUCCCGCAGCGUCGACUGCUUCGAAAAGCUCGAGCAGAUCGGCGAGGGUACCUACGGGCAAGUGUACAUGGCGAAGGAGAUGGGCACCAACGAGAUUGUCGCGCUCAAGAAGAUCCGCAUGGACAACGAGCGCGAGGGUUUCCCUAUCACUGCCAUACGCGAGAUCAAGAUCCUGAAAAAGCUUCACCACCAGAACGUCAUCAAGCUCAAGGAGAUUGUCACCUCCCCAGGCCCAGAGCGGGACGAGCAAGGGAAGCCAAUCGAUGGUAACAAGUACAAGGGGAGCAUUUACAUGGUUUUCGAGUAUAUGGAUCAUGACCUCACCGGUCUUGCCGAUAGGCCGGGAAUGCGGUUCACUGUGCCACAGAUUAAGUGUUACAUGAGGCAGCUGCUUACAGGCCUGCACUAUUGCCAUGUCAAUCAAGUGCUGCAUCGAGAUAUUAAAGGAUCUAACCUCUUGAUAGACAAUGAGGGUAACUUGAAGCUUGCUGAUUUUGGCCUUGCAAGAUCAUUCUCGAGUGAUCACAAUGGACACCUUACUAACCGUGUGAUCACUUUGUGGUAUAGACCUCCAGAGUUGCUACUUGGAAGCACAAAGUAUGGUCCAGCCGUUGACAUGUGGUCAGUGGGCUGUAUUUUUGCAGAGCUUCUCAAUGGGAAGCCAAUAUUGCCUGGAAAGAAUGAGCCUGAGCAGCUGACAAAGAUCUUUGAACUUUGUGGUACCCCUGAUGACGUAAUCUGGCCUGGUGUCACAAAAAUGCCCUGGUACAACAACUUCAAGCCUCCCCGUCCAUUAAAGAGACGAGUUAAAGAGUUCUUCAAACAUUUUGAUCGGCACGCACUGGAUCUGUUAGAGAAGAUGUUGACUUUAGAUCCAUCACAGAGGAUAUCAGCAAAAGAUGCACUUGAUGCGGAAUAUUUCUGGACUGAUCCGUUACCAUGUGAUCCGAAAAGCUUGCCCAAGUACGAGGCAUCACAUGAAUUCCAGACUAAGAAAAAGCGUCAGCAACAGAGGCAAGCAGAAGAAGCUGCGAAGCGUCAAAAACUUAAUCAUCCUCCACCACAUUCUCGGUUGCCUCCAAUCCAGCAGCCUGGCCAAGCACACCCUCAAAUCAGGCCUGGCCAGGGUAUGCACAAUGCACCUCCUGUGGCAGCUGGCUCGAGCCAUCACUAUGCAAAGCCUCGAGGACCAGGAGGCCCUAACCGGUACCCUCAGGGUGGGAAUCAAGGGGGAGGCUACAAUCCGAACCGUGGAGGGCAGGGCGGAGGCUAUGGAAGUGGCCCGUAUCCUCAGCAAGGGCGAGGACCUCCACCGUACCCUGGUGGUGGGAUGGGUGGAGCAGCUGGUCCACGGGGUGCUGGUGUUAGUGGCUAUGGAGCUGGUGGACCAAACUACCAACAAGGUGGCCCGUAUGGUGCAUCCGGUCCAGGUCGAGGACCCAACAACUAUCAAGGUGGCUCCCGCAAUCAGCAGCAGUACGGGAACUGGCAAUAAGAUGGAUGUAUCGUGCCACUGAAAUGUCAUUCCAAUUGUCCUAUGUAUUUGCAGGACCUCUGCAAUUGAAGCGAUUUUUGCGAGAUGCAUCUUAUAAUUGAUACUUUAAUAGGAUAAGACAUCUCGUAACAUUACGCUGUUAAUGACUCAAGCUGUUGUACUAUGCGUCUAUGCCACUGGAAGGAUCCUACAAAGACAAUAGAGUUUGCUGUUAUUAACACAAUUUUCAUGCUGCUCUAGACGGUCA